UUUAGGUAAAUUUGGUAAAGUGUGUCAUUUAGGAACAAUUAAUUUUUUUUAGAGAUGCUCAUUCCCAUUUCCCAGUACCUAACUCCAUUCACAGAUCCAACGAACUUGCAGUACUACUGCAUCACUCUUUGAUUCCCUGCCAUGGAGAUGACAAUUGCGGAGGAGGAUGCACCAAGCUUAUCUCCGCCGGAUUCCUACGCGGCCCUUGUUCUUGGUGGCACCUUCGAUCGCUUACACGAUGGCCAUCGCCUCUUCCUCCAGGCGGCCGCUAAAUUGACCAGGGAGCGAGUUGUUGUCGGCUUUUGCAGCGGUCCAAUGUUGGCUAAGAAACAGUACGCUGAUCUAAUAGAGCCUAUCGAGCAAAGAAUGGCAAAUGUGAAGAAUUACAUCCAGUCUAUCAAGCCACAUCUGGAUGUACAAGUAGAACCAAUUGUGGAUCCUUAUGGCCCUUCAAUAGUUGAUGAGUAUUUAGAGGCCAUUCUUGUCAGCAAGGAGACGCUACCCGGCGGAAUUUCUGUCAACAAGAAGCGAGCUGAGAAGGGCCUCUCCCAACUAAAGAUUGAGGUUGUAGAACUGGUCUCUGAAGGAUCGAGUGGAGACAAACUGAGUUCUUCAGCUCUGAGAAAGCUUGAAGCUCAAAAACAGUGUUAAAGGUGGUGUUUGUGUGCUCUUUCUUGCUUUUUCCAAGCUUACAUUUUAUCUUAAUGGCGGAGAAAAUUUGAGUUCGCCGCCCCCUAUUGAAAGGUUUCAUAAGAUUUUUGUACUUUUCUGUGAAUAAAAGAUAUGGUGAAAUGUAUAUAACAUUAUAUAUGACCCAUUUGGUGGGAUGGAUAUGUUUGGUUGAAACGACUUGACAAUAUGAAGUUAGUUUUUUUUUUUUAUUCUGAAAAUUAUAAUUUUAAUUCAUUUCACCAAAUGGAUAAAUAAAUUUAUUCAUCUCAUAUUGUAAUAUAGAUGGAUAAGUUAAUUUAUCCAUCUCAUAAAGGAGUUAUGUUAUC